AUGCUUGAACCGCGCGGGCACUAUGACAUGUAUGGCGCAAUUUUACGCCCGGAUACCGAGCUCGUCAACUCCGGGAAAGCCCAUAUGGGCGUUCUGUUUAUGCACAACGAAUUGUUCUCGCUUAUGUGUGGACAUGCGACGAUCGCGCUGGGCCGGUUCCUUGUCGAUGUUGACGAGGAGGUAUUUCCUCGUCGGAAGGAAUUGAGAUCUGAUCCCGAGUCCCGCACAACGACUCUUAGUCUGCAUGUACAGGUUCCUGUCCCAGAGAAGUAUCGCUGGGCCGAGCUUCGUGGAAAGACUUCGGUUACAGCAGACUUUGCUUAUGGCGGUGCGUAUUAUUGUAUGGUUAGUGCUGAGGAGUUGGGCUUCCCUAGUGGUCUGGGCGAAGUCAAGUUACCGAAUAUGGAUAAUGCGACGAAGUUGCUCAAGGAGGCGUUGGUUACCAAUCCGGAUUUGCGAUAUCUUACUCGGGAUAUUCGAACUGCCGAGGAAGGAGCUCUGUACGGGAUUAUGAUCACAGAUACACGGCUGGGACAUGUUAGUGCCCCGGAGGGAACGGCGGCUGCUCGUGCGCAGCUGGAUGCUAGUAGCGAGGAGACAUAG